AUGUCUGCCGUCUCCGGCCACCGGCGCCACUUUCCUACGCCGGCGAGUUCAACGGACGUCUCUAUUUCUUUUUCCCAAUUGGAUUCCUCCAUUAUUUCAAGAAAAUCCACUCCCAAAAGACGCCCUCGAAACCCUAGUCCAGCUACUCCCUUCGCCAGGGACGAUGAUAAAUCAUGGCAAGGGGAGCUUUCAUGGCAGUUCGAGCCAACUGGAUGGCGAGAUUCUCGUAAUUUGGGCAUAGCCCUAGGUCCCUGGGCCGCCUCUAUUGCUCCAUCUCCAUUUUCAAGUAGCCAGGUUUUACGCCGAACCGCCAAUGAUUACUAUCUUUCUCCCUCUCGCCGCGUUAAACGCAAUUUGCCGAGCCCGUACAGCGACGGUUCCGGCUAUAUUCCGGCUGGCAGAGUGGAACUGCAGAGCUUUGUGGGUGGAGAAACAGAGAACUCGUUGUUCGUCGGAGGAAGCUACAUUCCUGGUGAAACUAGCAAAGUCAGCCAUUCUUCCGGUUGGAAUGAUGAAAGUAAAGGGCCUAUGGCUGAUAAAGAUGAGCUUAGCAAGAAGUACCAUGAUAUUUCUGAACAUGAUUUUAGCUUUGAGCGUAGUAGGAUGUAUUCAUCGUAUAUUGAUGAUAGUGAUUCGGGUUCUAGUGAGGACGAGGAUGAAGUGGACCCCCCUAAGGCAGUUGGGCUUUUUAGCUUGUUUAAGUAUUCAACGAAGUUGGAUUUGCUUCUAAUAAUAUUGGGGUGUUUGGGAGCUCUCAUCAAUGGCGGAUCUCUUCCUUGGUAUUCUUAUCUUUUUGGGAAUUUUGUCAACCAGCUUGCUACAGAAUCGUCUGAAGCUGAUAAGAGUCAGAUGAUGAGAGAUGUUGCAACGAUAUGCCUGUUCAUGACUGGAUUAGCAGCAAUAGUGGUGGUUGGAGCAUACAUGGAGAUAACCUGUUGGAGAUUGGUGGGGGAUCGUUCGGCUCAGCGGAUUAGAACAAAGUAUCUGCGAGCUGUUCUACGACAGGAUAUCAGCUUUUUCGACACGAAAAUUAGCACUGGUGAUAUCAUGCAUGGAAUUUCCAGUGACGUGGCUCACAUUCAAGAAGUGAUGGGGGAGAAGAUGGCUCACUUCAUUCACCACAUAUUCACCUUCAUAUGUGGGUAUGUAGUUGGCUUUCUAAGAUCAUGGAAAGUUUCUUUGGUUGUCUUCUCAGUGACCCCUCUGAUGAUGUUUUGUGGCAUAGCUUAUAAAGCCAUUUAUGUUGGCUUAACUUCAAAAGAAGAGGCUUCUUACAGGAAAGCUGGGGGAGUGGCAGAGCAAGCCAUCAGUUCAAUCAGAACUGUGUUUUCAUUUGUUGCUGAAGAUAAACUGGGUGCAAAAUAUGCUGAACUCUUGGAAAACUCUGUGCCUUUUGGGAAGAGGAUUGGAUUCUCGAAAGGUGUAGGCAUGGGAGUUAUUUAUCUGGUCACUUACUCAACCUGGGCUUUGGCUUUCUGGUAUGGAGCUAUCUUGGUUGCCCGGAAAGAGAUCACCGGCGGUGACGCAAUCGCUUGUUUCUUUGGUGUCAACGUUGGAGGAAGGGGAUUGGCUCUGUCACUGUCAUAUUUUGCUCAGUUUGCACAAGGAACUGUAGCAGCGGGCAGAGUUUUCACAAUCAUAGACAGAGUUCCAGAGAUAGAUUCCUACAGUCCAAUAGGAAGAACCCUCAGAAACGUUCGUGGAAGAAUAGAGUUCAAAGGUGUCAGUUUCGCAUACCCAUCUCGUCCAGAUUCUCUGAUACUAAAUUCACUCAAUCUGGUGUUCCCAUCUUCAAAGACACUCGCUCUUGUUGGUGCCAGCGGCGGUGGCAAGUCCACCAUUUUUGCUCUGAUAGAGAGGUUCUACGACCCCAUUCAAGGGACGAUCAGUCUGGAUGGGAGAGAUAUAAGGACACUGCAAAUCAAGUGGCUGAGAGAUCAAAUUGGGAUGGUGGGUCAAGAACCAAUCCUUUUCGCCACAAGUAUUAUUGAGAACGUUAUGAUGGGAAAAGAGAACGCGACUGAAAAAGAGGCCAUCGCGGCCUGUAUUGCGGCAAAUGCCGACAGGUUCAUCUCUGGCCUUCCUCAAGGCUACGACACCCAGGUUGGAGAUAGAGGAGCUUUGCUCUCCGGCGGUCAAAAACAACGAAUAGCAUUGGCACGAGCGAUGAUCAAAGACCCCAAAAUUCUUCUCUUAGAUGAACCAACAAGCGCAUUAGACCCAGAAUCUGAGUCUACAGUUCAAAAAGCCAUCGAUCAGCUUUCUUUAGGCCGAACAACAAUCGUUAUUGCUCAUAGGCUUGCAACUGUGAGAAACUCCCAUGCUAUUGCUGUCAUUGAACGUGGCUCCCUCGCCGAAAUCGGAACUCACUUUCAGCUGAUGGAGCGAGAAGGGGCUUAUUACAACCUCAUCAAACUCGCAUCCGAAGCAGUUCGUCAAACUUCUCCCAAACGAAAUGAUGUUCAGAAAUUCACUGAUCUUUCAUUUAAUGAUAUCUCGAAGUCAGAGUACGUAGUCGAGAUUUCGCAGUCCAAGUAUUUCAAAUCUGCGGUAGAGGACAAGCUAGAGGAGAAGAAAGAAGUGAAACGAAGAAAUGUUAAGAUUACAGAACUAUUGAAAUUGCAAAAGCCAGAGAUUCCAAUGCUGCUAUUGGGAUUUCUCAUGGGUUUGAGUGCAGGAGCGAUUUUGUCCAUUUUUCCUUUCAUCCUUGGUGAGGCCCUUCAAGUUUAUUUCGAUAGUGGAACUUCAAGGAUGAAAACCAAAGUUGGGCAUUUGUGUAUAGUGUUGGUUGGGCUGGGGAUCGGCUGCAUUCUGUUCAUGACAGGACAGCAAGGCUUCUGUGGUUGGGCUGGAACUAAGCUUACUGUGAGAGUGAGAGACCUUUUGUUCAGAUCAAUACUAAAACAAGAGCCUGGUUGGUUUGAUUUCCCUGAGAAUUCCACUGGAAUUCUCAUAUCUAGGCUAUCAAUUGACUGCAUCAAUUUUCGUUCGUUUCUUGGUGAUCGAAUCUCGGUCUUGUUGAUGGGGGUGAGUGCAGCUGCUGUUGGCCUUGGUCUCUCAUUUUGGCUUGAAUGGAGAUUGACCCUGUUGGCUGCUGCUCUAACCCCUUUCACUCUUGGUGCCAGUUACAUAAGCUUGGUUAUAAAUAUUGGACCAAAACUUGAUGAAAAUGCUUAUGCCAAAGCUAGCAAUAUUGCUUCAGGUGCAGUGUCAAAUAUACGAACAGUGACAACAUUUUCUGCACAAGAGCAGCUGGUGAAAGCCUUUAAUCGAUCGUUAUCCGGGCCUAAGAAGAAGUUGGUUAAAAGGUCGCAGAUUUUAGGUUUAACAUUUGGCUUCUCCCAAGGUGCCAUGUAUGGAGCUUAUACUCUUACUCUCUGGUUUGCUGCUCGCCUCGUCCAACAAGACAAAACAAGUUUUGGUGAUGUGUAUAAGAUUUUCCUCAUUCUUGUUUUGAGCUCCUUUUCUGUUGGACAACUUGCGGGUUUAGCACCGGAUACUUCUAUGGCAGAGACUGCGAUUCCUGCGGUGUUGGAUGUCAUCAACCGGAGACCACUGAUAGGCGACGAUAAAGGAAAAAGUAAGAAGGAAGAACGGUUGAAAAGUUUUGGUGUUGAAUUCAAAAUGGUGACAUUUGCAUACCCAUCUAGGCCAGAGAUGAUUGUGCUGAAGAACUUCUGCUUAAAGGUUAAAGAAUGCAGCACAGUGGCUUUGGUUGGUGAAAGUGGGUCGGGAAAAUCGACGGUAAUAUGGCUGACUCAACGAUUUUAUGACCCGAUUCGAGGGAAGGUGCUGAUGGGAGGCGUGGAUUUGAGGGAGAUCGAUGUGAAAUGGUUGAGGAAGCAAACAGCUUUGGUUGGUCAAGAGCCUGCAUUGUUUGCUGGAAGCAUAAGAGACAACAUUGCAUUUGCAAACCCAAAUGCUUCAUGGACUGAGAUUGAAGAGGCUACUAGAGAUGCUUACAUUCACAAAUUCAUCUGUGGCCUCCCUCAAGGAUAUGAGUCACAGGUUGGCGAGAGCGGGGUUCAACUCUCGGGUGGCCAGAAACAAAGGAUUGCCAUAGCGAGGGCGAUUUUAAAGAAAUCAAGUGUGUUGUUGCUAGAUGAAGCAAGCAGUGCUUUGGACCUGGAAUCUGAAAGACAUGUCCAAGCUGCAAUUAGGAAGGUGUCAAAGGAAGCUACAACUAUCAUUGUCGCCCAUCGGCUUUCAACUAUCCGUGAUGCUGAUACGAUUGCAGUUGUUACAAAUGGAUCGGUCGUCGAGCAUGGCAGCCAUGACACCUUAAUGGCCAAAGCUCACCUCGGUGGUGUUUAUGCAAACAUGGUUCAUGCUGAAUCUGAAGCCACUGCAUUUUCUUGAGCUUAAUAGCUCAGCUUUGUACUUUUCCUUGUUCAUAAAUAUACUAAAAUCAAAUUCAUGUCACUGUACCAAUGACGUUUUUGAGAUCAGAUAGGGAUGUAAAUUUGAAAGAAAUUGAUUUGUUUUGAACAGGGAUUUUUUGUGCUAGAAAGAGAAUAAAAAUGCAAAGAAAGAACAAGUAAACUGCCAGAGAAGGAACAUGAGGAUUCUUUUGUAAAUUUCGGUUACCUAGUAACACGAGGAUUCUUUUGUAA